AUCAGACACGCCAACAUUCUCGCUUCUUCUCCUCACUUCUCACUUCUCACUUCUCAAACUGAAGGAGAUAGAGAGAGAAAUGCAUAGACAACAUAAGCUUCUGAGCCAUCUCUUUCUCAUUUUCUUAUUCUCAGCUUCGUUUCCCAAUGUUGCUUUGGGCGGAGCCGGUGAGGAAUCGGGCAAACCGGUGGCUGGAGAAAACCCAUUCACACCCAGAGCGUCUUUGCUUCGGUAUUGGAAUAAGCAGAUCGGCAGUGGCUUGCCAAAGUCCACCUUUCUUCUCUCCAAGGCAUCCCCAUUGAGCGCGGUUGAGUCGGCCACCUUUACUAAACUUGCCUCUCAAAAUGCGCUUUCCGACAAUCUGCCGGCGUUCUGUAAGUCUGCGAACCUGCUCUGUUUUCCCGAUUUGGGCCAGAGCUUGGAGAAGCAUGACGCUAGUUCCAACUUCGCCGUGUAUUCGAACAAGAAUUUCACCAAUUACGGAACGGAUGGACUCGGGGGAACGGACGCCUUCACAAAAUAUUCGGAGGGGGUCAAUCUUCCUGUCGACGCAUUCAAGCGCUAUAGCCGUGACUCCGUCGGCAACAAUGAUAAAUUCGAUAAUUACGGCCGCGAGGGCAACGUCGUGGAUCAGAGCUUCAGCGGCUACGGUGCCGGGGCUACCGGCGGCUCUGGAGAGUUCAAGAAGUACAACGAAGAGGUUAAUGUUCCCAACCUUCGAUUCAACUCCUACACAGACGAUGGCAAUGGCCGUCAACAAUCAUUCACGAGUUACACAAAUGAGACCAAUUCUGGAGAUGAGUCCUUCAGCAGCUACGGCAAGAACGGCAACGGAUCUCCGAACGAGUUCACGAGUUACGGAAGCAGCUCCAACGUCAUCGGCUCCACGUUCACCGGCUACGGUGAAACCGGCAACUCCGCCAACGAUACGUUCAAGAGCUACGGCUUUGACGGCAACGUGCCAGAGAACAACUUCAAGAAAUACGGUGAUGGUGGUAAUGCGGGGACCGAUACUUUCAUAAGUUACAGAGAUCAAUCCAAUGUAGGAGACGACUCCUUCAAAUCCUACGCCAAGAAUUCCAAUUCCGCAGAGGUGGAUUUCGUCAACUAUGGGAAAUCGUUCAACGAAGGUACAGACACUUUCGCUGGGUACGGCAAGGGAGCGACGAACCACAAAAUUAAUUUCAAGAUCUACGGCGUCAACAACACAUUCACAGACUACGCUAAAAAGGGCAUCUCCUUUUCAAGAUACACUAACAAAAGCUCUGAAACAAUGACUUCCAUGGCGGUCAGUGGCAGUUCAGUAAAUAGGUGGGUUGAGCCGGGUAAAUUCUUCCGCGAGUCGAUGCUGAAGAAAGGGACUGUGAUGCCAAUGCCGGACAUUAGGGAUAAAAUGCCCAAAAGGUCGUUUUUGCCCCGCACUAUUUCCUCCAAAUUACCGUUUUCAACCUCCAAACUUGAGGAGAUGAAGAAAAUAUUCCAUGCCGCGGAAAACUCAAGCAUGGAGCACAUGUUCACAGAGGCAUUAGAUGACUGCGAGAGAGCACCCAGCAAAGGCGAGACCAAGCGCUGCGUCCCCUCCAUCGAGGACAUGAUCGACUUCGCCACCACCGUCCUCGGCCGCAACGUUGUGGUUCGCACCACCCAAUCCGUCGAAGGGUCAAAACAAAACGUAAUGAUCGGGUCGGUCAAAGGGAUCAACGGUGGACAAGUCACCAAAUCGGUGUCCUGCCACCAGAGCCUGUUCCCUUAUCUACUCUAUUACUGCCACUCCGUUCCCAAGGUUCGGGUGUAUGAAGCGGACCUCCUGGACCCGAAAACCAAAGCCAACGUUAACCAUGGUGUGGCCAUCUGUCACUUGGACACCUCCGAUUGGAGCGCGGGUCAUGGUGCAUUCGUGGCAUUGGGUUCGGGCCCUGGCCGGAUUGAAGUUUGUCACUGGAUUUUCGAGAAUGAUAUGACCUGGACCAUUGCAGACUGAGCCAUGACCCACCUUCCCGUCUGGGUUCGAACCACUUGGUCAACAAAGCUGGCUCGACCCCAACUUCCGCUUAUGUAUUUCCUUCAUAAGAUGUCAUGGUGAAAUAUUUAAGGCAUGUGUUUCACCAGGCUAAGGAUGGUAAUUUAUUGUAUGUUAUCAUUAUCCCAGUGUUGAGAGCGUGUGAGAUUUAGAAGUUGUCUUUGAUGGCUUCCUCAUUCGUAGGGAUGAAUGGGUUUUUCUUCUUUUC